AUGAUAAUACUCCGCCGCCGCGGCUCAAUUUUAUUCAGCCUUCUCAUCAGCGGGCUUUUCGUACCCGUCGGACCCGCUGUGAGAUACUUCACGGCGUCGAACUUCUCCCCCUUCGCCUCGCGAAUCAACCGCUGGAGCUCCUUCGGCUUCGCGAUCUUCCCCGCGACGCCGAUCUCCUCCCCCGGGUCGCCGCCGUCCUUCGGGAUGACCCAAAGCGGCCACGCGUCCGUGUACCCCUCGCAAAACGCCGCCGGCUUCGUCACGUCCGCUUCCCCGGGGUGUUCUGAUACACGCCGUCCGGGAAGCACUCGACGUAGUUCACGUACUCCAUCGCCUCCUUGCCGAGGAUCUCCUUCUGCUUGUUGCAGUUCUCGCACCAGAACGCGCCGUACAGACGCGCGCCCGCGGCUUUCAGGGACUUGGCGACCUCGAUCGCCUCCGCGCUGGACGCGGAGUCGACGACGUAAGGGGUGUACUCGACCGCGACCACCUUGUUCGGAUCUCCCGCGACCGCGCGGGGACCGGGCGAGCGCGUUCGCCGCGACGACGGUCGCGAGGACGCGGCGACGCGCGCAUCGCGUCGCGUCGCGUCAUCGGCGACGCGCGGGACGCGGCGGCGGCGGCGGCGGCGGCGGCGGCGCGGUCCGCGGAGGAGGCGGAGACGACGAUCGAGGCCGAUCGCGAUCGCAUCUUCGACGCGAAUGUGAUGAGCGAUCGCGAGGACGCCGCGACGGAGGUGGUCUUCGUCGUCUUGGCGCGCGCGGGCGCCGCGCGAUCGACGCGCGCGGUCGAGGCGUUGACGGCGAGCGUGAGCGACAUGCUUCUGUGCAAAAUUCGCGCGUGGGGGGUGCGGCGCGCGUGCGAUGCGCGGUCGGGAUGUACCGGAUAAACUGCAGAUACGCUCGAAGCGAGAUCCAGCCAGCGCAGCGGAAAAGUUCGUCUUAG